CCACAUAAUUAGGUUUCUUGCUACUGUUUUCACUCUCACUUGUAUCGUCUCUACCCUUUCACCCAAACCAUCCCGACUUUGCCUUCCGACACCGUUUUCCGGCAACCCUCCACCGGCCUUUCUUCUUUCUCAAUCGUUUAGUUCUGGACAGGCCCUAUAUGGCGGAUUUAGAAAAGUUGCUUUUGGAGGCUGCUGGCAGAAACAUACAUUCUCUCACACCUUCAAGAAGAAAGCGCCGCGGAGAAUUUUUGGAUGGUGGGAGUGAUUCUGGAGAUGAUGAUUCUGACGAUGAUGGUGAUGAUCAUGGUUAUCGAGGAAGAAAGCCCUCUGCCACUCAGGUUCCUCUUAAGAAGAGAUUUGAAACGUCGGGAAAAGAUGAUGAUGUUAGUGGUGAUGAUGAUGGUUCUGAUCGCGAGGGGGAUAGCAGUGAGGAUUCUGAUGUUGGUGAUGAUCUUUAUAAGGAUGAGGAUGACAGACAGAAACUUUCUGAGAUGACUGAACUUCAAAGAGAGAUGAUAUUGUCGGAUAGGGCUUCCAAGAAAGAUGAUAAAGAUUUUUUGGGGAAGAUAGCAUCGAAGCGCGAGAAGGGAGCGAAGGCAACUCUAUCCAGAAGAGAGUCUCCACCGCCACCCCUUCUGUCUUCUCGUGUGCGAGCAUCUGCAAGAUCUGCUGACAGGUCGGCUGCCAAGGAUGGUGCAUUAAAUGAACUGCGGGCAAAGCGGUUGAAACAGCUAGAUCCAGAAGCAAAACUCAAGCUGAAAGAGGGGUCUAAAAGUGGAGGACGGGGGCUUUUUUCGCUAAAAGGGAAACCGUUUGCAUCAACAGGUCUUAGUAGCUCAAGCCAUAGCGAUAGUGAUAGUAGGUCCCGUAGUGAUGAUGAAGGUUCAAAUGGAGAUGGAGGGAUUAUUGACAGUGAUGAUGACAGGAUAAUGACUGGUUCUGGAUUUGAAGUGCCUUCAUUUGAAGACAUAAAAGAAAUCACCAUCCGAAGGUCGAAACUUGCAAAAUGGUUUAUGGAGCCUUUUUUUGAGGAGUUAAUUGUUGGUUGUUUUGUUAGAGUUGGUAUUGGUAGGUCAAAGACUGGACCUAUCUACAGGCUCUGUAUGGUGAAAAAUGUUGAUGCCUCAGAUCCUGAUCGGCAGUAUAAAUUAGAUAAUAAAACCACAUACAAGUACUUGAAUGUUGUCUGGGGAAAUGAAACAUCUGCUGCUAGGUGGCAAAUGGCAAUGGUUAGCGAUUCUCCUCCUCUUGAGGAGGAGUUUAAACAGUGGGUUAAGGAAGUAGAGCGAAGUGGUGGCAGGAUGCUGAUGAAGCUAGAUGUGAUGGAAAAAAACCAAGCCAUACAGAAGAUCAAUAGUUUUGUUUACUCCGCAGCUACUGUGAAGCAGAUGAUAGAAGAAAAAAAAUCGAACUCACGGAGGCCACUAAAUGUUGCCGCUGAGAAGGAUCGGUUGAAAAGGCAAUUGGAAAUAGCAGAAAGCAAGAAAGAUGCAGCUGAAGUAGAGAAGAUCAAGACAAGACUGCAAGAAUUGGAGGCAUCCCGGAAAACACAGGCAAAGGAUGCCAAGGCUUUGAGGCUUUCUGAGAUGAACAGAAAGAACAGGUUUGAGAACUUCAAAAAUGCUUCUGAAUUGAAGCCAGUAAAUAAAGGUUUGAAAGCAGGGGAGGCAGGUUAUGAUCCUUUUUCAAGGAGAUGGACUAGAUCAAGAAACUACUAUAAUGCAAAACAAGCUGAAGAGGCUGCAGCUGGAAAUAAUAGUUCUGGCGGGGCAGUUGGUGAUAGAGGCAGCAAUGGGGUGGGAGCAACUGUUGCUGGGGAGGCUGGCGUCGUGGCCACCGCUGAGGCUUUGGAAGCUGCUGCUGAUGCUGGGAAGUUAGUUGACACAAGAGCUCCAGUGGAUCAAGGAACUGAGUCAAAUUUUCUGCACAAUUUUGAGCUACCAAUAUCACUAACCAUACUCCAAAAGUUUGGUGGAGCACAGGGAGUUCAUGCAGGGUUUAUUGCAAAAAAGCAGAGAAUAGAAGAAAUUGUUGGAUUUCGAGUUCCAGAAAAUGAUGGAAAGAGUCAUAUGCUGACAUUGACAGUUAGUGAUUACAAGAGAAGAAGAGGGCUUCUUUAAAAUUUGUUGAAGUGUUUACAAGGUUACUUUGGUUUGUAUUAUCUGCAGCAAUGUUUUGCAACUGAUCAAGUUUUCAAUUGAGAACUGCAACUUGGUCGAGCCUCAAAGAUAGCAGGUUCAGUAUGUGGGUGGUUAAAGAUGCUCGUUUCUGAAACUCUUUUUUGCAAGCCACUGUCCGAGAUAAACCCCUUAGGAUUUAAGUUUAGAUUUAUGUCUAACUUAUAAAUUUACUCUUUAGUGCAACAUAGGUUUUUUCCAAAGACUUUUCCAGUUGCUUUUUUUACUAAGUUUCAAUGCACUGGACUUAAGUAUAUGCAUAUAAUAAUUGUACUCAUUGAUAGCAAUAUUGAUGCGUAAAUUGAGGCUUUUAAAGGCCCAACCUGGUAUACAAUA